UAAUCAAAAAUGUAAUAUUAUAUUAAGGUGACCAGAUUUUUUAAAAAACAAGUAGGAACAUGUCCUAGUUCAAUGGUUAAAAUAUCCUUAAAAACGUAUUUGUUAUUGUCUAUGAAUUUACAAUCGGGGACAAAACCCUUUUGAAUGUUUUCAUCUUUUUAUUGUUGUGGGUUUAUGGAGAACCAAACACCAAAAAACGUGACUGUCCCCGGAAAAUGGGGACAUCUGGUCACCUUAUAUUAUAUUCUAUAUAAUAUUUAUGUGACACCUCUUUGGAGAUGUCUCCAACGCAAAGGUUUUCUCAGAUGUACGUAACUUCUGGGUUUGUCCCUAAACUGUGGCUAAGAAAUCCACACCCAUAAGUGUUAUAUAUUUCAAAUGGGAUGCACUCACUCUCCAGUCAUUCACCCUCAUCACCUGUGGGGGAGGAAUUACUACUAGAUUAUAAUUACAAGGACUUUGUAGAUGACAGUGUUUUUCUGGAUCAGUGUUAUCUCUAAUUCACUUAAUUUGAAUUAUUUACGUCACUGAAGAUGUCGAAUUUAAAUGACUCUAAAUCAAACCUCACUCACACUUCAUUGCUGUUCGAUCGAGAUGCACCAGUGAAGACAUUUUUGACUGUGACUCCAUGUGUUAUUUUCCUCUAUGUCAACGGGGUCAUGCUUUACACCUUGAGGAAAAAGGCUGUUUUCCAGGAGGCGUCUCGCUACAUUUUGUUCGGUCACAUGCUUUGGCUUGACACGCUCAAUCUGUUUAUGAGUGUAGUGCUGUUUGUUUGUGCAGUCAGUAGGAUUUUUAUUAUGAAAAAUGUCUGUCUCAUUCUUUUGGUUGCUGCAACGGUUCUCUUUCAGGUUUCGACCCUAAAUCUGGCUUUAAUGUCUCUGGAAAGGUAUGUGGCCAUCUGCUUUCCUCUCAGGCAUGCAGAUUUCACCACUUAUAAAAAAACUAAAAUGGCCAUUGCUGUUGUCUGGAUGAUAGGGUUAAGCCAAUGCUUGUCAGAAAUUAUUAUCUUUUGUGCUGUUGAUUCGACAAACACAGCAAUGAAUUUGUUCUGCUCAAGAACGACUCUUUUCAGACAGCAGGUAUAUAAAACACUGGAUAUAGCUUUCACUUGUAUAUAUUUUGUGUUUGUAUGUUUUACUAUAAUAUUUACUUAUGCCUCUAUAGCAGUUGUGGCUAAAACAGCCUCCUGUGAUAGGAUGUCAGCUAAAAAAGCCAAUAAGACUGUGCUGUUACAUCUAAUACAAUUGUGUCUUGGUUCUGCAUCCCUUUUAAUUGGCGUCAUUCAAGAGGCCAUGUAUGUUUAUAUUGACUAUAUGACUAUGGUACACAUCAUGUAUUUUUGCUUUGUGGUCUUUAUCAUUUUUCCAAAAUGUCUAAGCCCUCUUAUAUAUGGCCUGAGAGACCAAGCUUUUAGUUGUUUAUUUAAAUACUACUUCACGUUUGGUCUAAAAAAGCAAAAUAGUUGUCAUACAGAGACACAUUUGGUUUCAGAGGAUGUAAAGACCAAUCUUACACAUAAUUUUCUCAUAGCUACAUAAAAAGUUCAUUUUAAUUGUAAAAUGUGCUUGUGAAUUGAGGUGAUGAAUGUUGGUGCUUAACUAAAUUAAUUUACAUGUGGCAAACCAAAAGCAUGUAUUUAGCAAGCAUGUUAAACUUCUUUCACAAUAUUCCUCAGAUGUUGAACGUGUAACUAUAUAUAAAAAUAUAUUUGUUCAUUUUUUCACAAGUAUGACCACAGACAGGCAAAAGCAAUUAUGUUGUAAUUAAAAAAAAUGGUUUCUGCAUCUAACCUGUGCACAUUAUCAUUAUCAUAGCUUAUGUCCUUGUAUAUUGUUUCAUGAAAAAUAUGUGAUAUGUAAAUGUGCUCUUGAUUUACUUACUGAGCUCACGUAAACUAUUCUUGAGGUCAAUCAAGGGAAUUAAAUCACCUAUAAAACAUCACUUAAAUACUUGAGCUAUAUGACAAUUUUUGUGUAGAUUCUUGUAAUAUAAAUGUGUUUAAAUUAUACU